AUGGGCGCCAAUAGACUGGAGGGACCCGUCACUCUCUGCGAUAGUGGAGGGACGCGCGUGUGUGUGUGUGUGCGUGUAGACAGGUGGCUCUCAUCUCCUGCUGAACGCACUGUGGCCAGGCUGUGGGCAGACUGUGGGCAGGAGACCAAGGGGACUGUGCGCACUGGAGAGAGGAGCUGGGAGAGCGGGACAAGUGACCUGAGGGCUGGAUGCAGACGUGCGUCCUCCGCAAACACGCGCUGGAACCAAGUUUUGGACACAUCCACAGUGGGAUACGCACGGACGAGCCGCGGACAUGGAGCUUCUCAAGUCGUGUGGGUUUUUGCUCGUAGUUUACCUGUUGGUGACGGUCUGCUGUAG